ACGCCGACAAGCCAACAAACGGCGGCUGCUGCUGCAUGGACCAUGUCAGCGCACUUUCAGCAAAACCGCUCUCCGAAACCAAGUCGGGGCCCCCGGACAUGCAACGCGAAGCGGCGUGGCUGAAGCGCAAAAAGGAAUUUCGUCGUUGGCAACGCCGCCGCUGCAAGAGUUUUACGGACUCCGACUUGGAUGAACUCCGAGCUUGCAUUGAACUCGGAUUCGGGUUCGAAUUUGAUUCCGCCGAUUUGGACCCCAAGUUGUCGAGUGCUUUUCCAGCUUUGGACUUUUACUGUGCCGUGAAUAAACAGUUCCACUCCAGGAGUGAUAGCUUGUCCAGGUCUUCUUCGUCGGUGACUGUUGCUAGCUCUGACUCUGACACGUCGCGGUCGUCUGCUGGAAGUUCCUCCAGUUCUCUUUUCGAGCCUGGUGAUGAUCCGGAGGUGAAGAAAACGAGAUUGAGGCAGUGGGUGCAGGUGGUGGCAUGCACAGUUCGACAAUGUUCGCCCAGAUGAAUGUUGUUUUAUCCAUGGUUAACUGGAGACUAAGAAAGAAUGAAAUAAUUGGCAACGUCAAGUAAUCUUGCUGUCAUAGAUUUAGAAGAAAGAAAUGGUUUAGGUUGGUUGAUUCCAAUAGACAAUGAUCCAACUGUUAAAUGUUUGCGA